AUGGAUCCAGUUUCAGAGAAAGUCCCAGUUGAUGAUCAGUUGCCUCAAAGGAAAAAGAGAAGGUCAAAGGGAGACAGCGAGGCUACGAAAGAGUUGGUUUCGAGAUUUACGGUUGAUUCGAAGGUGGAUGGAAUGAAGGAUGAAAUGAAGGAUGAAAGUUUUGAUACAACCUUAACCAUUGGUAAGCCGUAUUCAUCGUCAACACAGAUCCAUGGAUUGCCGAUGAUGAAACCCGUGAAUAAGAUUCUCAAAUCAUCACCAUUGAAGAAUAACGCCAUAAGUCAUGAUGAGGAAGAUCUUGAGAUGACCCAGGAUUUGAUUCGAAUAAGUAACGAAAUCACCCAUAAUAACACCAACCCAUUGAGCUUGGGUGAUUUUGAUAUGGAUCAGGAAAUAUUACAGGAUUUCAAUCUACGGUCGUAUGUUGAAAAAUUCGACUUUAACCCAAAUGAUAAUUUCAUGCAAUACUAUAUUAAAGUCAAUGACAAAAUCAACCAGUACGAAUCCGAACUCAUCAAGCAGUUGAUGACAGAAAGAUUCAAGCUAUUGAAGAGGUUUGAGUCUUUGAAUGAUAUUGUCAAUCAGUAUAGUCAAUCAUUGAUCAAAUGCGAUAAGGAUUUCGAUUCCAAGAUAAAUCAAUUAAAACUGGUUAACGAUAUCUUGAAUAGUUUAUAG